AUGAGCACCACUGGCAAAGCCAUCGACGCACAGCGCAAGCCUGCAAGCCCCAUCGACGGGGGUCAGAGGAAACCUCCGCCCCAAAAGGCGUGGACCCAGGGCACCAAUCCCAUCACCCAGCGACCAUCGAACCCCCCCACCCCCAACGGUGUCGCAAGUACCUCUAAACCCACACAUAACGCGACGGGCCCCCCCAGCGAAACCGCAUUCCCAAUGAGACACCUAAGCGAUCGGAUGAUGUACCUGUUGGCCAACCUGACUGGUCUACCGGGCACCAUCACGCUGAAGAAUGGCGAGAAGUAUUCUGGUGUGCUGUCAGGCACCUCACUGGAUCCCAGCGAGCUACGAUAUGUCUUCAAGAUGGUGAAGAAGCUCUUACCGGCCAGCCAUGCUCAGACCAAUGGUUCUGGUGACGUCUCCGACGACUACAUUGGCGUUGGUGACUAUCACGUCAUGUCUUUCGAUAUGAGCGACGUUGCUGACUUCAAUGUCAACAACGUUGUGCUCGAUAAGUCCCAAACCAAGGGCCAAAAUGGUACCGCUGGUUUCCGUACCGACACGGAUAUCUCAGGUCACAUGGCCCUCCGCGAGCGCAACCUCCAGAAGUGGGAGCCCUCUGAAGUCGACCCGGAUCUCACUCUCGAGUCCGCAGGCCGCUCAACAGAUUGGGAUCAAUUCUCUACCAACGAGCGUCUGUUCGGCGUUAGGAGCAACUACGACGAAACCAUUUACACCACCACCAUCAACAAGAAUGACCCGGAAUAUGCCGCGAGGGCAGCCCGUGCCGAGAAGAUUGCCCGCGAGAUCGAAGGCAGUAGUGCACUAAACUCACAUGUUCGCGAAGAGCGAGGAGGUCAAUCUGUUGAUGAUGCGGGUGGUGAUGAGGAGGACAAAUAUAGUGGUGUGCGUCGAGAGUUUUCGCCUCUGUCAAGCGGUCAGUCCAACAGGUACACUCCUCCUGCGCGACGUGCGCCUGCCGCACAAGCGACUGUUCCCGGGGUACCAGUGGACCCAGCGAUUAUCUCAUCGUCCGUUGCGCGACCCGACGCCACAGCCUUGAAAGGGGCACAACGUACCGCAAGCCCUGCCGCGGACAAGAUCGUUACUCCCGAGCCGGCUAAGACUGAAGCGAAGGCCGAAGCCCCAGUUUCCAAUCCAACCCAAACCAGGACGGAACCUUCAAAGGAGACAGCAACAAAGGCUGAGGCAAAAGCAGUGGCUGCGUCGAAACUCACUACAGAACAGUCUCAAAAGCCAAGCAACACGAUCAAGUCUGGUUUAGCUGCUAUGCCUCCUCGCAAGUCUGGACGGCCACAUGAUGCGACUACUAAUGUGGAGCAUGACUUGCUUGACUCGUUCAAACAGUUCUCUGCCGCAGAAAAGCUACGCAUGUCAGAGCGACAGAGGGCAUUUGCUCGCGAGAACAAGGCCGUUAAGCUGAACGACCUCAAGAAAUUUGCGCUAAACUUCAAAUUAAGCACACCUGUUCCUUCGGAUCUUGUUCCCAUAUUAGCCAAAGACGAGAAUAAACAGCAGGCGAUUGUCGAGAAAGCCCUUCGUCAAGUGCAUGAGACCAAGACUACGCCACCAAAGACGUCUAGCAAUCUCUCGGAUCCAAAAGCCGCUGCGCGCCCUGCAACUAAGCCCGACUCUACCAAUGCGUCCCCGAGUGCGAACGUGGAUCGUCAACAAAAUCAGCGACCUCGUCCCGGACAGCCCCCCUAUUCUUCGACUAGCAUGAGGGAACGCCCUCACCAAAAUGUGAAUCAGAUUCCUCCUCGCGGGCAACAAGGACUGCUCAGCACUCGUCUACAGUUGAAUCAGCAGCAACACAAGCAGCAAGGGGCUAUGCCAUACAACGGCGUGCCACAGCCAAUCCCGGCCCAGGAUUCGCGUAUACCUCCCGCUGGUCCUUCACAAUCGUCAAGCGGAAUUCAGACACCUACCUCUUCUGUGUCUACUAGAUUCAACGUUCGUGCACACGAGUUUAAGCCCAACCCAGCAGCAAACACAUUUCAACCUGGCGGGACUCCAAGUGCCAACUCGAGUCCCCGACCCACCUCUGCAUCAAAGCCAGAAGUACGUAGGCCUACUGCUGUGACCAGUUUCUUCGGUGGGAAACGCCCUACUGUGAAACCAUUGGACGAGAAGAUGACCUUCAAUUCCAUUGGACGUAUGGAGAAAGAAGCACAGUCCAGCGACAAACCGCCUACUAACGAUGUUCCACCUCCUUAUCGCACGCCACCUACAUGGGACUUUCCUGCUGCAAACACUGAAAAGGGCCACGUGCAACUAUUCGAGCACACGCCUUCAUCUGCGCAACUAGCAGCGCCUCAACACGCUAUGGGCAAUGGUCAUAUCCCACAUCAGCAUCAGCUGCCUCCUCACCUUCAGGGUCCUAAUGGCAUGUCACAGGGACCAACGCCUCAGCAUACUCCGCGUGGCCCGCCGAUUCAGCCACAUCUUGGCCAGAUGCAACAUCACUAUGAAGCGCCACAUAUGCAAUUCUCUCAAUCCACUUCAUCGAUACAACCUUCGCCACGGCCUAUGGCACCUUACAUGUACGGCGCACAGCCACAGCAAAUGCCUGGCUACCCUCAGCAGGUACAAGUUCCUCAGUAUGGAAUGAGCCCAAACGUACAGCAUGUUGGCCUUCGGAAUGGGCAAGGCGGUCAUUUCAUCAGCCCUCCUGGACCAGCAAUGGGCGGCCAGAUGAUGACGAAUCAGCCUUCGAACGGACCUUAUAUGGGAAUGCCAGGCGGUCCACAAAUGCAAAUGUACUCUCCGGCCCCUGGACCCGCUUACCCACAAUACCCUGGCCAUAUGCCUGGCCCUGGUGCCAAUGGGUUUCCUAGCCCAAGGCCGGGUGCACCUAUGAUGAGUCAACAGGGCUCGCAGCAAGGGCACCUCCAGCAGCCACCUAUGAUGUACAUGCAGCCUGGUGCUCCAGCUCCUCAGAUGUAUCAAAUGCAGCCAGGAUCCAUGACUCCAAUGCGACAGCCGUACCCCCAACUACACCAAGGUCAAUAUGGCUCGCCACAACAGCACCAUCACUUCCCACAUCAACACCGUGGAACACCGAGCGGAAGCUACUCUCAGCCCAUGAUGCAACAGCAUUCAAUGGGGCCAGGAGGCCCACCCACUGGACCUGCCAAUCAUGUUCCAGAUGGUAAUGACGAGUCUAAAUGA